AGCAGACAGACAGAGCGUAGAAGAAGAAGAAAACCGGAAGUAAACAUGGCCAAGGAGAAGAGCAUGGCGGCGAUCCCAGAGUUCCUCAGUAAAGCAGAGUUACUUAAACAGGGAGCAGAAGCCAGAGUGUACCGGGCAAGGUUCCUGGGAAGGCCGACUAUUGUUAAGGAAAGGUUCCGGAAACAGUACAGACACCCGCUGCUGGACGAGAAGCUGACCCACCGCAGGACGGUGCAGGAGGUCCGCUCCGUGCUGCGGUGCCGCCGAGCAGGAAUAUCUGUCCCGGUAGUCUAUUUUGUGGACUACACAUCCCACAGUAUUUUCUUGGAGGAGAUUGUGGGCUCCUCGACUGUGCGGGACCACAUCGCCUCCUCCCCCCCGUCUGCUCGCUGUGAGGGUCUGGAGCCGCUUGCUGAGAGAGUGGGGCAGGUCCUGGCCAGAAUGCACGAUGAGGACGUCAUCCACGGAGACCUGACCACCUCCAACAUGCUGCUGAGAUGCGGUCCGGAGGACGGGGUGUCGGAGCUGUUCCUCAUCGACUUCGGCCUGAGCUACAUCUCCGCUCUGCCCGAGGAUAAGGGGGUGGACCUGUACGUGCUGGAGAAAGCCUUUCUCAGUACCCACCCCCACACAGAGGCGCUGUUCCAGAGGCUGCUGAAGAGCUACGCAGCGGCAUCCAAGAAGUCCUCAGCGGUCAUUAAAAAGCUUGAGGAAGUCCGGUUGAGAGGGAGGAAGAGGUCCAUGGUGGGGUGAAGAUCCGUUCUGUGUUCAGGGCCUCUGGAGAUCAUGUUUAUACAAAUCAGUUAUAGUUACAAAGCUUUCAUUGUGCAAAAAAUAUCCAACAUAAAAUAAAAAAAUGUUGUGAAUAAAUUGUUUUUUUCUUCUCAUGGGAGGCAGAUAUAAUAGAAAUAUGGAGUUCGAAAAAGCAUGUUGUUUUGCACCUGUGAAAUGUUACAUACUGAGUGAGAUUUAGCAUGAUUCAUCAGCACCUUCAUCCAUAUUUACUGAUACUUUCACAUUUAGUACUAAUGCUACACAGACCUCAGAGGCUGUUGCUUACAAUAAAGUAAGCAUUCAGGAAUGUAAUGCUUAUCAGUUCAAAAUAUGUUAUGAUGACAUUAUUUACCUGACUUCAAAUCCUUUCUUCUUUUGAACUGGUCAUAGGUAGGCUUUAUGUGGAUCCUAGUUGUAGUUACCUAGCUAUCUUUCCCCCUGAAAUCACUGAAUCAGUGCUGUUACUGAGAUAUGUUCCUUUUUAAACACUUAAUCAUACCAGGAAUGAUAUGCAGCUCAUUAUGCAUUUAUUUUGCACACAGAUAACAGAUCUUUGGAUUUUGGACAUAUGCAUUUUGAAAGUUUAGAUAUGUUUUGCUGAAAUAUUCCCACUAGAAUAAGAAGACCAGGGACCUCUAUCAUUAUUGAAUGAUAACGGCUCUAACAAAAGAAAGAAGAGAGAGAGCAGAGGAGUCCUACUGGGAGAAGAAUGAAAGUAUGAGUCUGGGCACCAUGAGGAGGAGGUGUCAGCCCCAGGUCAGAGUCCAGGAGGAGGUGCAUUAGAACAGCACUCCAUGAUUCAUACCUCCUGAAAAACCAGGCUCCUCAUCUGACACCACCCGGCAGCUCAGUGUGUUGGUGGGGGCAGAUGUGACUCUGGGCUGCCUGUUUGGUAAGCUGUCCAGGCUGGUGGAGUGGAGCACUCUCACCAUUGAGUGGAACGUGGUGGAUACACAUGCAGAGAAGAGCGUAGUGUACACCUUUGAGGAUGGAAGAGCGCAUGUGAACAGAGAGGGCUCUGAGGUGGACAGAAUGCAGCUGCUACAGAGUGAUGCUUCUCUGCAGCUCCACAAUGUGACUGUGGGAGAUGAAGGGCUGUACUCCUGCAGAAUCAUCACCCCUGUGGUCUACACAGAGACCACCUCACUGGAAGUGCUGGGGCUGGUGUGUGACAGGGAGUUGGCUGGCUCCUCCCAGCAGCAGAUGAGGCACACCUUUCACUCACCUCUUCAACCUGUUGACAUAAAAGCCCGGUCCUCAUGCCACUUCCCUGCCAGAUCAUUCCGUUGUGUUCGACCCUCCUGUGUGUCUCGCCAUUCUCCUCGUCCCUGUGAUCUCGUCACCUGGAUUUUUGUCUCCUGUCCUCUCUGUCUCCAUGCCAGCCAGCUUCCUGCCUCCACUGCCGUUACCUGUGCCUUUGCUUAAAAUAAACGUUUUGUUUUUGA